AUGAGUUCUUUAAUCGAAGCAUUUGAAGUUGUAAUUGGAGGGUUUAAGAAAACGACAAGUCUGGAAACGAUCAAAGAAGUGUUUCAAGACUACGAAACACUUUCUUUUGAUAUUGAGAGGUAUAACGCAGAUACUUUACUUGACAAAUGUUUAGUUCAACUUACGAGCAAAGAAGAAGUUAAAAAUCUUAUAAAAGAGAAGAACAAAACGAAAUACAAUGGUGCAACGAUAUAUAUUAAUAAAUUUGGUGGAGACAAAACUCGCAAAUCAGUUAUUAUCAAUGGCUUUGGAGCAAACAAGACGGACAAAGACAUGAAAGAAUUUCUUGAAGAGUAUCCCAUUCUAUCUUUUGAACGUUUGAUUGGCAAGAAAGGUGAAAUGAAGUCAGGGAUUGUUGGCGUUAUUGUAAAAAACACUGAAAUUGCAAAUCGAAUUACUGCGAUGGUUCCAAAUAAAUUCGUUGAAGGAAAUUUCCUCAAAAUUAUAGAUUUCAAAAAAGUUCAAUUUGAUGCCAAAAGUGGUAAUAUUUACAAGUUUGAGAACAAAGAAAACAAAAAAAUUGCUGUUGAGGAAAAAACACUAAGCAAAAAUGUUGGUUUGGAAAAGAAAGAUGACGUUGUUAAAGAGGAGAAAUCAGGGAAGAAAGGGCAUCUGAGGAAAAAUUCAGAAGAAAACGAAAAACGUGGGAAGAAACAAGACUGA